CCGGGACGCGGCGGGCGCAGCGCUGAGCGGAGCGGCCACGCCGGGCUCGGCUCCCGCGCCCUCCCCGCGCCCGCAGCCCCGGCCCGCCGCUCCCUCCCGCCGGUGCGAUGCUGCUGCCGCUCGCCGUGCUGCCCUGCGCCUUCGUCCUGCUGCGGGCCGCAGCCUCUCUCCAAGUGGACAUUGUUCCAAGCCAGGGGGAGAUCAGCGUUGGAGAGUCCAAGUUCUUCUUAUGUCAAGUGGCCGGGGAGGCCAGGUCCAAGGACAUCUCGUGGUUCUCCCCGAACGGGGAGCGGCUGAGCCCGGGCCAGCAGCGCAUCUCGGUGGUGCGCAACGAUGACUCCUCGUCCACGCUCACCAUCUACAACGCCAACAUUGACGACGCCGGCAUCUACAAGUGUGUGGUCAGCAGCCCCGAGGAGGGCGACUCCGAGGCCACCGUCAACGUCAAGAUUUUCCAAAAGCUGAUGUUCAAGAACGCUCCCACCCCCCAGGAGUUCAAGGAAGGGGACGACGCUGUGAUCGUGUGCGACGUGGUCAGCUCGCUGCCCCCCACCAUCAUCUGGAAGCACAAAGGCAGGGAUGUCAUCCUGAAAAAGGAUGUGCGCUUCAUCGUCCUGUCCAACAACUACCUGCAGAUCCGAGGCAUCAAGAAGACAGAUGAGGGCACCUACAGGUGUGAGGGGAGGAUCCUGGCCCGGGGGGAGAUCAACUUCAAGGACAUCCAGGUCAUCGUCAAUGUGCCGCCCUCUGUGCGUGCCAGGCAGAGCACCAUGAACGCCACUGCCAACCUGAGCCAGUCUGUCACCCUGGCCUGUGAUGCUGAUGGCUUCCCCGAGCCCACCGUGUCCUGGACCAAGGAUGGAGAGCCCGUGGAGGAGGUGGAGGAGGAGGAGGACAAGUACAGCUUCAACUCGGACGGCUCCGAGCUGGUGAUCCACAGGGUGGACAAGAGCGACGAGGCCGAGUACAUCUGCAUUGCUGAGAACAAGGCUGGGGAGGCUGACGCCACCAUCCACCUCAAAGUCUUUGCCAAACCCAAGAUCACCUACGUGGAGAACAAGACAGCCAUGGAGCUGGAGGAUCAGAUCACGCUGACCUGCGAGGCCUCGGGGGACCCCAUCCCCUCCAUCACCUGGAGGAGCUCCAGCAGGAACAUCAGCAGCGAGGAGAAGGCUUCGUGGACCCGGCCCGAGAAACAAGAGACGCUGGACGGGCGGAUCGUGGUGCGCAGCCACGCUCGCGUCUCCUCGCUGACGCUCAAGGACAUCCAGUACACGGACGCGGGCGAGUACAUCUGCACCGCCAGCAACACCAUCGGCCAGGACUCGCAGGCCAUGUACCUGGAGGUGCAGUAUGCCCCCAAGCUGCAGGGCCCUGUGGCCGUGUACACCUGGGAGGGGAACCAGGUGAACAUCACCUGUGAGGUGUUUGCCUACCCCAGUGCUGUCAUCUCCUGGUUCCGGGAUGGGCAGCUGCUGCCCAGCUCCAACUACAGCAACAUCAAGAUCUACAACACGCCCUCAGCAAGUUACCUGGAGGUGACCCCAGACUCAGAGAAUGACUUUGGGAACUACAACUGCACAGCUGUGAACCGCAUCGGGCAGGAGUCGUCCGAGUUCAUCCUGGUGCAGGCAGACACGCCGUCCUCGCCCUCCAUCGGCAGGGUGGAGCCCUACUCCAGCAGCGCCCAGGUGGAGUUUGAGGAGCCCGAGGCCACGGGCGGGGUGCCCAUCCUCAGGUACAAGGCGGAGUGGAGGGCGCUGGGCGAGGGCGACUGGCACUCCCGGCUCUACGAUGCCAAGGAAGCCAACGUGGAGGGCGCAGUGACCAUCACGGGGCUGAAGCCUGAGACCACGUAUGCAGUGAGGCUGUCAGCAGUCAAUGGCAAGGGCGUGGGGGAGCUCAGCCCGCCCGCCGAGUUCAAGACGCAGCCAGUUCGCAUCCCUCACCCACGGGAACCCAGUGCCCCCAAGCUGGAAGGUCACAUAGGAGAGGAUGGCAACUCCAUCAAGGUGAACGUCAUCAAGCAGGACGACGGUGGCUCCCCAAUCAGGCACUACCUGAUCAAGUACAAAGCUAAGCACUCCUCGGAGUGGAAGCCCGAGAUCCGGCUGCCGUCGGGCAGCGACCACGUCAUGCUGAAAUCCCUGGACUGGAACGCCGACUACGAGGUGUACGUGGUGGCUGAGAACCAGCAGGGCAAGUCCAAGCCGGCCCACUACGCCUUCCGCACCUCGGCGCAGCCCACGGUGAUCCCAGCGACCUUGGGAAGUCCAUCAGCGUCGUCCUCCUUUGUCUCAUUGCUUCUCUCUGCAGUGACUCUGCUUUUGCUCUGUUAGAAACUUUCAAAAAACAAAAAAAAAAGAGUCAAAUAAAGCAAUAUUUGCUUGGGAAGGCCUGGGUCCCACCAAGGUGUGGAAGGAGAUAACUUUGCUUCAGAGGAUCGUGUCAGUUCAGAGAAAAACAAACAAAAAAAGAAACACAGAACUUAAAAAAAAUGUUUAAUUUGAAAGAGUCAGUAUUUUGUAACAAGGAAAAAAGGUUUCAGCCAAGUUUUUUUCUCUUUAACGUUUUUUUUUUGUCACUUGUAAUGAAUUUGCCCUUUUAAAUGGAUGUAAAGAAAGAUUUUUUUUGUGCUGUUUGCUUGCUGUUUUCAUCAAAGGAAGGUGCAAUGUUGAAAGCCUUUAAGAUCCUGCUUUUUACCGAUUUCUCUGCACAUCUGGUGCUGAUCUUGUGCAAAAGGAGGCCCCAUCCACAAACCCACAGACUGUAAAAAGAAAGAGAAGAUUUGUCAGAGACCAUCCUGCUGAUUGCCCAGAUGUCUCUGGGGGCUUUUGCAUGUGGAUCCAAAUGUCUGGAAGGUUUUCCUGCCGUGCUGCUCUGACCAUAAACAUCUGCUGGGAUCCCCCUGCUGCUCUUCCUCCUCCUCCUCCUCCUCCUCCUCCUUCCCUGGUGUGCAGGGUGGGGCUGGGCACUCCCAGCCCAUGGACACACCCCGUGCCAGUGGAUUUCCAGAGCUGUGUUCUCACAGAUCCCUUUCCUUGCUGUCCUGACAGGAAAUCUUGGCUGGGAUGGAGUGAGCUGAGCAGCAGAGUUGUAAUUACUGAUCCUUAAUCACCUUCCUGGCAGCAUCAGUCCCUGGGCUGAACUGGUGCAGCAGAGCCAUCUUUGGUGUCAAAUACUGGGAAUUCCCUUAGACAAAACUCAGAUGAUUUUUGCAUUGCUUCUUUGAAAAAAACCAGAUCUCCCCACCCCCAAAAAAAAAACCAAAAAAUCUGACACAACAACCCUAAUGAAUUUUGGGAAAUCCAUUGGGAUAGGAAAUUCAUUGGGGUAUGAAAUUCAUUGGGAUAGGAAGUCCUUUUGGGAUAGGAAAUCCUUUGGAACAGGAAAUCCAUUGGAGCAGGAAAUCCAGUGGGAUUCGGAAUCAAUUGGAACAGGAAAUCCAUUGAGAUAGGAAAUCCAUGGAUAGGAAAUCCGUUGGAAAAGGAAAUCCAUUGGGAUAGGAAAUUUGAGAUAUGAAAUCCAUUGGAACAGGAAAUCCAUUGGGAUAGGAAAUCCAUUGGGACAGAAAAUUUGGGAUAUGAAAUCCAUUGAGAUAGGAAAUCCAUUGGAACAGGAAAUCCAUUGGGAUAGAAAAUCCAUUGGAUAGGAGAUCCAUUGGGGUAGGAAAUUUGGGCUAGGAAAUCCACUGGAACAGGAAAUCCAUUGGGAUAGGAAAUCCACUGUAGCAGGAAUUCAUUGGAACAGAAAACCCAUUGAGAUAUGAAAUCCAUUGGGAUAGGAAAUUUGGGAUAUGAACUCCACUGGGAUAUGAAGUUCAUUGGGAUAGGAAAUCCAUUGGAACAGGAGAUCCAUUGGGAUAUGAAGUCCAUUGGGAUAGGAGAUCCAUCCCCUCUGAUGCUCUCCUAAAACCAGGGUUCUCCUAAAACCAGAAUGUCUCAAAGCCUCUCAGCUGGGUGGGGUUCAUCUCCUGACAGAAUCCUGCCCUCACUCGUGUCUGGCUCUGCCUUCUCUGCUCUGCUGUGUUGGAACUUCCCUGUCUGGAUUGGAAAUGCAGACUUGAUGCAGGUGUCGCACACAGAAGCCUGUGGGUUCAUUUUUUUAUUCCAAACCCCCUCAUUUCCAGUGCUGUAGAGUGUAGACUCUUUGUUAGAGCUUUGGAGUUUGCUGAAGUGCAGCAAAAUAAUCCUGAUACUAAAAACUGGUGUGAUUUGCCCUCUAACUGCAUUAAUUGAGCUCAUUGUAGGUCUGAAAUCAGCUUUUUGUGGGUUUCCCCCUAAUCCACAGAGGCUGAGAUGUUUCUCACCAAAAUGACAGCUAUUAAAAUGAUCUCUGUAACUUUGUGAGGUUGGUGUGGAGAGAGAGCAGCACCUGUGGAGGGGGUUCUGUCCCUGGGAAGGGCUCAGGAUUCUCUGUGGCUCCUUUAGUGUGGCUGAAAUGAAUCCCAAACGCCACAGCAGCCUGGAGCCCAGCCAGCAUGGAUUACAGACAGAAACUGCUGCUUUCUGUUGGAUAAAAUGAGGAGCAGAACUGGGGUUUUAGCACUGAUCAUGCCAGGUACCAGAGAUCUGUCAGGCCCUUGGUGUGAGUAAAAUGAAAUUCAAAUAGAGUUUUUAGAAGAGCCAGAGAGGGGGCAGAGGCUCAGAUAUGGAAGCAGAAGAUGCUCAAGCAGUGGGAUUUUCAUGCCUGCAGUUGCUGUGUGUGUGAGGGGCUGCAGAGCCCUGCAGGAUUCCCAGUUUGCUGCAGCCCCUCCACAUUCCCAGAGCUGUUUCUCAGAGCACUGUCUGGCUGUUUUUGUGGGCAGGAAGGUUUGGGAAUGUCCUGCUCCACCAGGAGCAGCUGCAGGUGCCUGCACCUCCAGGGUUCUGGGGGAUAAAAAUAAAUUUUUAUCUAAAAGGUUUUAAAAACAGCUUCUCCUGGCUCUGCUGGGGUGGGGUGGGCACUUGGGGCAGGGUGUGGUUUAUCCAUCCAGGAAAGGAUUUUGGUGUCACUCUGUGUUUGGGACAGGGGUGUGGUUUAUCCAGGAGAGAGGAUUUUGGUGUCACCGUGUGUUUUGGGACAGGGUGUGGUUUAUCCAGGAAAGGAUUUUGGUGUCACCGUGUGUUUUGGGACAGGCGUGUGGUUUAUCCAGGAAAGGAUUUUGGUGUCACUCUGUGUUUGGGACAGGGGUGUGGUUUAUCCAGGAGAGAGGAUUUUGGUGUCACCGUGUGUUUUGGGACAGGGGUGUGGUUUAUCCAGGAAAGGAUUUUGGUGUCACUCUGUGUUUGGGACAGGGGUGGUUUAUCCAGGAGAGAGGAUUUUGGUGUCACCAUGUGUUUUGGGACAGGGGUGUGGUUUAUCCAGGAAAGGAUUUUGGUGUCACCGUGUGUUUUGGGACAGGGGUGUGGUUUAUCCAGGAAAGGAUUUUGGUGUCACUGUGUGUUUUGGGACAGGGUGUGGUUUAUCCAGGAAAGGAUUUUGGUGUCACUCUGUGUUCAGCCUGCAGAGGAGAAGCUUUGGGGUGACCUCAGUGCCCCUUGCAGGACCUGGAGGAGCUGGCAGGAGAAGGGGAGAGGGAUUAUUUCCAUGGGAUGGAGGGACAGGAAGGGGGGAAUGGCUUCAGACUGCCACAGGGCAGGGCUAGGUGGGGUUUUGGGACGGAAUUGUUCCUUGUGAAGGUGGAGGGGGCUGGGAUGGGAUCCCAGAGCAGCUGUGGCUGCCCAGGGUCCCUGGCAGUGUCCAGGGCCAGGUCGGAUGGGCUUGGAGCAGCCCAUGAUGGUGGAAGGUGUCCCUGGACACAGUGGAAGGUGUCCCUGCUAUGGCAGGGGUGGAUGGAUGGGAUUUGGGGUCACUUCAGACCCAACAGAGCCAGAAGGACCAGAGCUCUGGGGCCACAAUGCACAAGAAUCCAGGGCAGCUCUGGGAAAUCCCAAAUCCCCAUCCCAGCGGCUCUGGGAGCUCACUCACAGGGUUUGGAACGUGGGAGAGCAGAAUCCUUGUCCCCAAGCUGCUGGGAGCUCACUCAGAGUGCGGAACAUGGAUUUCUGUCCCUGGAGAGCAGGGUCACAGCUCCCCAGGCUCUGGGAGCUCACUCACAGGGUUUGGAACGUGGAUUUCUGUCCCUGGAGAGCAGGGUCCUUGUCCCCAGGCUGGGCUGGGGGAACAGCCCUGAAAAUCCCCCUUCAAAGGGAACAAAGAGCUGCUCUCUGGGGCGUGCUGCUGGCUACAGAGUGGAUUUUUGUUUGGUUUGUCCCUUCUUCUUCUUCCUUUUGCCAAAUCCUGUAGGGCCUUGGCCGUGCCCGCAGUCCCACCUGCCUCUCCCCACCCUGUUUGUGUCUGACAUUGUGCAGUGACCCCCCAGGCCAGGGGGACACAGCUGAGCUCUCUCUGUCAGGGCAGGUUCUGCUGCGUGGCUUUCCCGUGCACUGUGAAAUGAGGGGGGUUAGAAAAGCCAGUCUCGCAGGAAGCUCAUUUUCCAUUGGAAAACAUAAUUUGUAAUUAAUAAAUUCUUCACUUCUUUAGAA